CUCGGUUCCCCACACUGGUCUACUAAGUACCCACUGCUAGUAGUAUGUAUGAACCAUAUAAAUUACUGUAUGGAAGUGGUGGUGGUGGUGGUAUAAUAAAUAGAGAAUUUGUUUUCAAGUAGAGGGAGUAAUGAUUCGUCCAUUUUCCCUCCAAAAAGUAGACAGGAAACAGAUGCUGCUGGAUGCUGGAUGCUCCUCCCUUCCCUCUUCUUUUCUCGCUUCCUUUUCAUUUUAAUUUCUUCGUCGGCCCGCCGCCCACCAUCUCAUAAUCAACUCCGCAGUAUUAGGAAGAUUAUUCACUUUUUCUUCGCUCCGCAUCUCCUCUUUCAUUUUGAUUUUCUAGGGUUUCCAACAACUCGCCACCACCAUUUUUCGCAACCCCUGCAGUCCUUUUGUCCAAUUCCUCCUACCGGUUUUCUUACAUGGAUUCUAAAACUUUCUCUAUGAAAUUGUGGCCCCCUAGCCAAAGUACCAGGCUAAUGCUUGUAGAAAGAAUGACUAAGAAUCUUAGCACUCCAUCAGUUUUGUCCAGAAAGUAUGGUCUUUUGAGUAAAGAGGAAGCUGAGGAGGAUGCUAAGCAAAUUGAAGUCGUUGCAUUUGCUUCUGCAAGCCAGCACUUUGAGAAGGAGCCAGAUGGAGAUGGAAGUUCUGCUGUGCAGCUCUAUGCUAAAGAAUCCAGCAAGCUUAUGCUGGAUGUUAUCAGAAGAGGACCCAGAACAAAGGAAGAUGGAAAUUUUAUUGAGUCUGAGAGAGUUAGAGUAUCUCAUGAAACAGUUUUUGACAUAUCUGGAGGUCGUCGGGCAUUUAUUGAUGCGAAAGAGGCUGAGGAGUUGUUGAAACCACUUAGGGAUCUCCACAACAAAUUUACCAAGAUCUGUUUCAGCAAUACAAGUUUUGGCUUGGACUCAGCACAUGUUGCUGAGCCUAUAUUGUCAUCUCUCAGAGACCAACUGACAGAAAUAGACCUGUCAGAUUUCAUUGCUGGAAGGCCGGAGACAGAAGCCCUCGAAGUCAUGACCAUCUUCUCGUCUGCUCUGGAAGGGAGUAAUCUCAGGUACCUCAACCUUUCAAAUAAUGCUUUGGGCGAAAAAGGUGUUAGGGCAUUUGCUGGACUGCUAAAAUUGCAGCAUAAUUUGGAGGAGCUCUAUCUGAUGAAUGAUGGUAUUUCAGAGGAGGCUGCACGUGCAGUCUGUGAGCUAAUUCCUUCAACUGAUAGGCUUAGGGUUCUCCAUUUUCAUAAUAACAUGACAGGAGAUGAGGGUGCCGUUGCUAUUUCUGAACUUGUGAAGCAUUCGCCUCUGCUGGAGGACUUCCGAUGUUCGUCUGCAAGGGUAGGAUCUGAAGGAGGGGUUGCCCUUGCAGAGGCUCUUGGAUCAUGUACCAGUUUAAAGAAGCUUGAUUUGCGUGACAAUAUGUUUGGCGUGGAAUCUGGAAUUGCUUUAAGCAAGGUUUUGCCAAGAUUUUCUGAUCUCACUGAAAUCUACCUUAGCUACUUAAAUUUGGAAGAUGAGGGGUCUCUAGCUCUUGCUAAUGCUCUAACGGAAUCUGUUCCAUCAUUAGAGGUUCUGGAGAUGGCUGGAAAUGAUAUUACUGCCGAAGCUGCUCCUGCUUUGGCUGCCUGUGUUGCUGCAAAGCAGUUUCUUACAAAAUUAAACUUGGCUGAGAACGAGUUGAAGGAUGAGGGUGCCAUCCUUAUUGCCAAGGCUUUGGAAGAGGGUCAUGGACAGUUAAAUGAAGUAGAUUUGAGUACAAACUCAAUCAGAAGGGCUGGAGCCCGGUGCUUAGCUCAAGCUGUUGUAAGCAAACCUGGAUUCAAGUUGCUGAACAUUAACGGUAAUUUCAUAUCCGACGAAGGGGUUGAUGAGGUGAAGGAGGUAUUUGAGAAUUCUUCUUGUGUCCUGGGACCUUUGGAUGAUAACGAUCCUGAAGGAGAAGACUAUGAUGAAGAGGCUGAAGAAGGUGAUGAUGAUGAGGGUGAAUUGGAAUCUAAGCUCAUGGGCCUCGAAAUUAAGCAGGAGGAGUAAUAUUUAGUACAAAUCAGAAACGCAUCCUUGAUCUUCUUCCUUAUCGAACUUUGUUAUAGCCAAUGUGCUUUAGUGGACUUUGUAUCGUGUAUGUUAGUUCUCUGUAUAUCUUGCUUCAUUCAUGAGUAGUCAGGGACUUGCAACUCGUAAAGUUUUUUUUUUUUUUUUUUUUUUUUUUUUUUUUAACAUUGGCGUGCCAUUAAAUUCCACUACAUUGGAUCAAACUUA